AGAUCACAAAUCUGAACCUGAACCUGAACCUGAUCUUAAUUAAGAACCAGAAAAAUAACUGAUCUCAGCCCAGCCAUGGACAGAGCAAUCCUCCUAUUAUCGGUGCUGUCUCUGGGUGUGUCCUCUCAGCCAAUCACAGAGGGCCAGCGUCUGUUCUCCAUCGCUGUCGAAAGAGUCCACAACCUCCACCUGCUCGCUCAGAGACUCUUCACUGAGUUUGAGAGCUCUCUGCAGACGGAGGAGCAGCGACAACUCAACAAAAUCUUCCUGCAGGAUUUCUGCAACUCAGAUUACAUCAUCAGCCCCAUCGACAAGCACGAGACACAACGCAGUUCUGUUCUGAAGCUGCUGUCUAUCUCCUAUCGACUGAUUGAGUCUUGGGAGUUCCCCAGUCGUUCUCUGUCUGUAGGUCCUGCUGCCAGGAACCAGAUUUCACCCAAACUGUCUGAACUGAAGACCGGGAUCCUGCUGCUCAUCGGGGCCAAUCAGGACGGAGCAGAGAUGUUCCCUGACAGCUCCACCCUCCAGCUGGCUCCGUACGGUAACUAUUACCAAAGUCUGGGAGCCGAUGAGUCGCUGAGACGAACCUACGAACUGCUGGCCUGCUUCAAAAAAGACAUGCAUAAGGUGGAGACCUACCUGACGGUGGCAAAAUGUCGACUCUCUCCAGAGGCCAACUGCACCUUGUAGUGACGCCUCCACACUGUGAAGCCACGCCCCCUGUAAUCUUACGUGUUCUGUAGCUCCACCUCCAUACUCUCUGACUCUCUUAACUAGCAUAAGCACUAGCAUUAGUGUUAGUCCCUGUUUGGUAGUCAAGUGUUUUGGGGCUAAAGUCCAGAGUGAUGAUGAAGUUGGAGGUUUUCUGAUGUUAUGAUGUCAGCUGUGAACAGGAAGUGAUGUCAUUAUAAAGCCUGUGCUGUGUUGCA